GCCUCUAAGGCAUUUAUGUCAAUAAUCUUUAUUGUUUGCUUUAAAAGUAUAAAUUUAUAUAUGUUUCAGUUAUAAAUAUAGUAAAAACGUUAAAAUAGUUUGAGAAGCUUUUAUUUUGAAGGCAGACAUGCUAGCAACAUCACUUCCUUGUUUACGUUCUCUUCCUGGUUGCUCUGAGAGGGAAAACUGACAUGCUGUUCAGGCUCUGAGGCCUAUCCAUAUUCCUAUAUCUUCCACUUGGAAACAUUGUUCAGGCAACGCCUUUUCACCACUUGUCAAAUGAAGCGAGAGAGUAAAAAGUCAACUCUACCCGGACUCCUGUGUUCAUUGGCAAAGGUUUAGCUUGGUGUUUAACCAGAGUUGCUACACUCUGCAACAGAACACUACAGUGAAAAGGCGGCACUUGAUGUUCCAAAGUGUUGAAGAUGGCAAGCAACAAGUCAUCGGUGUCAAACGCCAAGAGCAACGCAACAUCAUCCUCAUCUAUGAGUUCAGCUCGCGCAAGAGCUAAAGCAGAAGCUGCUAAGGUGAGAGCAUCAUAUGCUAGCCAGGAGGCUAAAUUAAAACUGGAAAAGGCUCAAAACCAGCUGGAAACUGCUAGAAUCGAGACAGAGCUGGAGGUGCUAUCAUUAAAUCGUGAAGCAGAUGCAGCCAUUGCUGAAGCACAAGUGUUGGAAGAUGUAGCAGACAUGUGUGACGUACUGGGAAAUGUGAAAUCUGAGUCAGAAGAAGGGCUUAGACUGCAACGUACUCGGGAAUAUGUUCACUCCCAAAAUGGCCAGAAUCAUCCUACCUCUCCACCAGUACCAGUCCCACCUGUUAAUUCUCCAGACUAUACUGAAUCACAAGACAGUUUCAGAACGUGGCAUCCAUCUGCAAGCAUACCAGAAUUCCAACCUACUAAUAACAAGCCUAAAUCUGAAGGUGACGUUAAGACACAUCCACCCGUGCCAAACCUGUCUGAACCGAUCAAGCCAAAGACUGACGUCAAAAGGACAAACCCUCACACGUACGUACGUGCUCAGUCACAAACACCCCAACAUAUGUUUCCAGCUAGCGCAUCCCACCCCGCAGAGCCUCUGGCGCAGUAUUUGGCACGACGAGAUCUUGUUAUGUUAGGACUGUACCAAUUUGAUGAUAAGCUGGAGAAUUUCCGUGCAUGGCAGUCCUCAUUUACCAAUGCAGUGGCUGAAGUCCAACUUACAGCAACACAAGAGCUAGACCUCAUGACUAAAUGGCUAGGAAAAGAGUCUGGUGAACAAAUGAGGUGCAUACGUGCAGUGCAUGUGAACAGAGGUAUUGGACCAAUAGUAGACAAACUCCCAUAUGGACUCCAGGAGAAGUGGGUGUUAUCUGGGUCGUGGUACAAAGAAGAGAACAAUGGCUGCUUCCCUCCCUUUAGUUACUUCUGUAACUUUGUGUGCCAUGAGGCAAAGAAACGAAACGACCCCAGCUUUAUCCGUCAAAGCAGCGGCGUAAACCUCACAAAACCAGAAAGGUCACCUGUAAAGAGCUUUAACACCAACAAGCCUGUCACAGUUCACAAAACAGAUGUUUCUACAAUCAACAACGACCCUAACAAGAACUGCCCACUCCAUGACAAACCACAUCCACUUAAAAAAUGCAGGACAUUCAGAAACAAGUCCAUCGAUGACAGGAAGGCCUUUCUAAAACAGAAAGGAAUAUGCUUCAAGUGUUGUUCUUCAACUUCCCAUGUUGCCAAAGACUGCAAAUCUUCUGUGAAGUGCUUUGAGUGUGAAAGCACUUAUCAUGAUGCAGCCAUGCACCCUGGCCCACAACCUCAACCUAUCAAGGCUCCUCCACCGCUACAGGUAAACGGCGGGGAGGGAGAAGAUGGUUCUAAUGUAACUGAUGUUAGAACUAGCUGCACAGAGGUUUGUGGCUCAGGUCAGUGGGGUCGUUCUUGCUCUAAGAUCUGCCUAACAAUGGUCUACCCCAAAGACUCAAAGCACAAAGCUAUUAAAGCUUAUGUAAUCUUGGAUGAUCAGAGCAACCGCUCUUUAGCCAGACCAGAGUUCUUUGAGCUGUUUGAUGUGGAGGAUAAACCACUCUUGUACCAUCUCAGAACAUGCUCCGGCAUCAUGGAAACAUAUGGCAGAAAGGCGGAAGGAUUCCAGAUAGAAUCAUUGGAUGGCAAAGCUCUCAUCUCUCUUCCCCCACUCCUCGAGUGUCCUGAAAUCCCAAAUAAUCGAACUGAAAUCCCAACACCAAGUGCAGUUUUGCACCAGCCUCAUCUCCAUCACAUAGCCAAACACAUCCCCGAUCUGGACCCAGAAGCGGAGAUACUCCUGCUACUUGGAAGAGAUGUGCUCAGAGCACACAAGGUCAGGCAGCAAGUUAACGGGCCACAUAACGCUCCCUUUGCACAACGUCUCGAUCUAGGCUGGGUGGUGAUAGGAGAAGUGUGCCUAGGUAACGUGCAUAAAUCAACAGUUGACACAUUCAAAACUCAUGUGCUGGAUAAUGGUCGCCAUUCCAUUUUUCAGCCUUGUACAAGUUUCAUGCAGGUCAAAGAGUCACAGCCGAGCUUCAGCAAGCCUAACAAGGUGCCAGAGAGGAUGCUAGGAAGCAGAGUGUUCGACCAAACGGAACACGAUAACAAACCUGCUCCAUCAAUAGAAGACGUCCUCUUUCUAAAGAUCAUGGACACAAUUGUCCACAGAGAUGACAGCAACAGUUGGGUUGCCCCACUGCCAUUCAAAGAGCCACGACAGCGUUUGCCAAAUAACAGAGAGCACGUGGUCAAGCGGUUUGAAUCCCUGCAACGUCAAUUCAAGAGGAGACCUGAGAUGCAGAAACAAUAG